CACGUGUAUCUCGCACUGACGUCUUCCUCGCGGACGUGUCGUAUCUUGUGGUGAGUCGGUGACAUGUUAAGCGGCCGACAGAGAGCUGCGGUGAAGAUCCCAUCGUGAUCCCAUACGCAUUCCUUUCACGGGUGCAUUUCGUGCGGCACGUCGCUCGGUUGUGGUGUCAGGUCGUAAUCGCGCCACGUCGUGUCGCGCCGCGCGUUAUCCGUCGCGCCGACUCGGCCCAUCACGGGCAUCGCGGGCAAUUGUGCGAGCCGGAUGGAGAGGAGGUCAAUGAGAGGGCCUGGCCAUCUUGGAUGAGACAUGUCUCUUUGGAGUAAACGUCAACGGCACAGUGUUUACCGUGCGAUGCAUACUUGCUUCGGUAUCUUUUAAUAACGACAUCGCGUCUGGGACGGAGGAAACGUCCGUUUAGCGAAGCCGACGAGGAGAUCUCGCGGUGGUGUGUCCCCUCCGGAGGAGCACGCGGAGGAGCACGUACUCCUAAGUGGUGGUGGUGGUGGUGGUGGUGGUGGUGGUGGUGGUGGUGGUGACCUGUCGUGGUACCUGCGCCGCAUGAUGAAUCGCGGUGACGGGCUGGUGCAGCGACGACGCGUGGUCAACAGCGGUGGCAGCGGCAUUGGCGGUGGUGGCAGCGGCCACGGCCAGGAUGGUCCGAACGCAGACACCGUCGGCAACAACGACAAAUUAUCUGGACAAAGCCCGGACACAGACUGCCUGUCCCAGAAGGAUCUCAACUGUAAUCCCACCAUCGACGAUGACUCCGACAAAGAAACACGUCUCACUCUUAUGGAGGAGGUCCUGCUGCUGGGGCUUAAGGAUAAAGAGGGAUACACGUCUUUCUGGAAUGACUGCAUAAGUUCUGGAUUAAGAGGAUGUAUCUUGGCAGAACUUGCCUUUCGGGGUAGGGUGGAGCUGGAGAAGGCUGGCAUGCGUAAGAAGAGUCUGCUGACUAGAAAGCUCUUAUUGAAAAAUGACGCACCUACGGGAGACGUACUGUUGGAUGAAGCUUUGAAACACUUAAAAGAUACAGACCCACCCGAAACUGUGCAGAGUUGGAUAGAAUACCUUAGUGGAGAAACAUGGAAUCCCUUGAAAUUAAGGUAUCAAUUGAAAAAUGUCAGAGAACGGCUAGCAAAAAAUCUUGUUGAGAAAGGUGUUUUAACUACAGAAAAGCAAAAUUUCUUAUUGUUUGAUAUGACUACUCAUCCUCUUACCGACAAUCUUGCCAAGAGCCGUCUCGUGAAAAAGAUCCAAGAGGCUGUAUUAGGCCGUUGGGUAAAUGAUGCUGCUCGCAUGGAUAGACGAACGUUGGCAUUAGUUAUUUUAGCUCACGCAGCUGAUGUAUUAGAAAAUGCAUUUGCGCCAUUGUCAGACGACGAUUAUGAAGUAGCGAUGCGAAGAGUACGGACAUUAUUAGACCUCGACUUUGAGACAGAAGCCACUAAACGUAACGCGAAUCCGGUACUUUGGGCUGUAUUUGCCGCAUUCACCAAGUAACAGUUACUAACUCUUAAAUUUCGUGGACGCGGAAUAGUUUUCUACUAUUAAAUUCUAUUAUUAUGUAUUAUACAAUACUAUUAUUCUUAUACUAAUGUGAAUAAUGAACUCAAUGAUUUUGCAUGUCUUUUGGUUGCGACAAUUGUGUAAAAAUAGAUACAAGAACACUUUUGUUACAUAAUGAAAUAAUUCAGACCAAAUAAUCCGUACUCGACUAUAUAGAAAACUUUUAAGAAAUUUUAUUCAUUUUCGUUAUUGUUAUUUAAUACAUAUUUGAUAGCUAAAUAACGAAUAUAUUCGUAUUUAAAUAUUAUUCAAUAAGAAGCGUGAAUGUAUGCCUUGUGCCGAAUAUUAUUUUAUUUGGGAAAGAACGAGUGCACUACGUUAAACUUAAAAUCUAUACUUUCUUGCUUGUUCAUUGUGUUUACGAAUGUAUCUAUUCAUAAACAUAAGAUGCAGGACACUAUGCGGGGUGCCUCAAAAUAGAUACUGGACGUGAUAGCGUCAAAGAAAUCUGAAUUAUAUGUUCUUAGCCAUAAUUUUGUGAAAUAUACAAGUAUGUACAUAUAUUCCUUUGAAUCCUAACUUUUAAUAUAUAGUAUAUACAUGUGCGCCUCUUUGUUUAUGUCAUAUAGAAUUUCGUGUUAUAUCCGCGAGAUUAAAUCGCGUUCCUUAUAUAUAUUUUAUGUUUAAUCGAUCUACAUGCAUUUAACAUUUUUUUCCACAAAAGAGUUUUAGACAUUUUUAAAACUGUUAAUUAUUUCAUUCAGCAUAUAUACUGAUAGAUAUGAUUUUACACAUGGCCGACCUCGUCAUCGCGAUAUUACACGUGCCACAUUUCUGAUAAUCAUUUAACUGUUAUAAAUUUUUCAGAAGAUUCUAUGCACAACUAUUUCUAUAUAAGUGUUCAUUUUUCAUACAGAUCAUUAUUACAAUAUCAUUGUUACAAUGUCUUCUGAUAGAGAUUGUACUGAUAGUAUUACCAUGUGGCAGUAAAGUACUCAGAUUUCGAAUGAAACAAUGACGAAUUAUUUAUUUUUGAUUAUUGACAUUUCAAAAUUUCUUAGAUAAGCGAUAAUUUCAUUGUAAUCUGAUAGUUGAACACAUAGAUUAGUCCAUGUAUAGUAUUACAAGUUGCUUGUCCUGAGACUAUUAAAUAUAACAACAAACACAUUU